ACACUAGCGAAAGCCCUCCCCAGACAACCGUUGGCUAGUUGCUUUCUUUUCUGCACUUGUGUGACCAUGGCUGGCCUCUGACUUGGGUCACUGUCGUCGUGCUGUUCAUAGCAUCACGGCAAAUGGUCGAGGCGGUACACCACGCCAACCAACUUGGUCUAGGUUCCACCAUAGCCCUUACGUGAAAGGGUUCGGUUUCACCCUAUUUGGUCAGGCUUUCUUCACUUAGUUUCUAAGCGGUUACUUGUAUACCUCGCGUCUCUGUUCCUAAUAGUACCUUCGAUGCGUCUGAACCCGUGAGUUGACCAGUCUGACGCCGAUCAGCGUCUAGGUUAUCGCGAUCUUCUGUGAUUCGCCAGCUCCUCAAAGGUCACUAUUGAGUCCACUCAAAUGUCACCACUGGUCAGGAUGCGGUAACCCUAGCGUCGAGCAGCUGGGAGCAACCUUCUCCCUCCCAGCUUUCCUGGAGCAUCGCAGAGUAUCCAAAAGCAGUCGCUGCUAGCGCUCAGAAACUCUUGUCUUGCAAGAGUUCUGGCUUGAUCUUGACUCCUUUAGGCUUACCCUAGAGGACCAGCCAUGGCGUGGGAAGCAGCAGCAUCUCUUACAUCCACGCUGUCAAAUCAGGCUUCUCUCUCCGCGGCGAUUGGUUUAGACACGCGGCGUAAGCCGUCAAUGUCGUCGAUUUCUUCGUCAACACCAGUAACGUCUCAAUGGAGCCAAUCCGGGUCCUCGAGAUUAUCCGUCUCCUGUAGCCGGCCGUCAACCGUCAAGUCUAGCCACGGAUGGCGAAUGUCGUCAGAUCAGCAGGCGUUCUCAACGGGAUCGUCUGACGGCUUCAUCUCCUCGCACUCGUGCCUGACUAAAACCGUUUCCCCUAACUCUGACAGUAGCUGUAGCACAUUACCUUAUUGCUUUAAUUCCCUAGACUCUCUUUCCGCUACUGACAGCAAUAGCAGUAGCAAUUCUUCCUCGGCCAGCGUCAGGAGCCAUUUGUCCCCGCUAUGUAUACCGACCUUGGGCUCGGCAACCGGUUCGGAGCUACGUUCGGCAGCAGGCUCGGCACCGAGCCCGCUGAUGGUGGAGUGUUUCGAGGUGGAGCGGUGCGAAGGGUUGGAGGGACACGUGUCGAUCAGCGGCGCUAAGAACUCCGCUCUUGCCGUUCUCGCCGGCGCUAUCUGCUCCUCCGAGCCUCUCGUUCUGCGUCGGGUGCCGGACCUCCACGAUAUCAGGCGAAUGUUCCAGGUCCUUCAAUCGGUCGGUGUGAAGAUACAGCGGGGCGUGGACGGCCAGGAUUCAUCCGUGCUGGUCGACGCGUCUUGUCUGACGUCCGUGGAGCCCUGCCCCGACGUGGUGCGGAAGCUUCGGGCCAGCUUCUUCGUGAUCGGCGCGCUUGUGGGGCGGCAGGGCGAAGCAGUCGUUCCCCUCCCCGGCGGGUGCAACAUCGGCGCGCGCCCCAUUGACUUGCACGUGCGCGGGCUGGAGGCGCUGGGCGCAAAGGUGGAUAUCCGGCAGGGGCGCGUGCACGUGCACACGGCGGACGGCGGGCGGCUCAAGGGCGGAAGCUUCUACCUGGACUUUCCGUCAGUGGGCGCCACGGAGACGCUCAUGAUGGCGGCCGCGCUCGCCGAUGGGGAAACCAUUUUAUCCAACGUCGCUCAGGAGCCUGAGGUGGUGGACCUGGCGGAUUUCCUCAUCUCGUGCGGCGCUCAGAUCCGGGGGGCGGGCACCAACACCAUCGUCAUCAAGGGCGUGCUACGGCUGGGACCCGCUGAGUUCACCAUCAUUCCCGACCGCAUUGAGGCGGGAACCUUCCUGGCAGCUGCGGCGAUCACGCGGUCCGUGGUGUCGCUGUCGCCGGUGAUCCCACGGCAUCUGACGGCUGUGAUCAGCAAGCUCAGGGCUAUGGGUUGCCGCGUGCAGCAGACCAAGAUUGGAACGCUCAAGAUCUCCCCGGGCAUCUGGCCGCUACGAGCCACGGAGGUGACGACACUGCCGUACCCGGGGUUCCCAACGGACAUGCAGCCGCAGCUGAUGUCGGUGCUCACCACGGCCAGUGGCCAGAGCGUCAUCAAGGAGACGGUCUUCGAGUCCCGCAUGAGACACGUGGAGGAGCUGCAGAAGAUGGGCGCCAAGAUCAAGAUCACGGGCAGCACGGCCAUCAUCAGUGGCCGGGACCAGGGCAGCCAGCUGUACGGCGCCCCUGUGGCCGCCACUGACCUGCGCGCGGGUGCAGCGCUGGUGCUGGCGGGGAUGGCAGCGGAGGGGCGCACCCACAUAGAGGGUGUGGCGCACAUUGAUAGGGGCUAUGAGCGCCUGGAUAGUAAGCUCAGGGGGCUGGGGGCCAGGAUUCAGCGCUUGCCGUGCCUCCCGGCUGAGCUCACGCUGUGAGGGGUGAUGGUGGGAGCGAAGUAGGCUGUGCUUCUGUUCCUGUGCACUGAGGGUUUCAGCUGGAGGGAGAGGCUGGGGUUGACAUUUAGGAGCAAUGUGGUCGCAAUCCCAGGAAGGAUCUUUCUGGUAGGUUGCAAUUGAGAGGCUUUAGGGUGGAAUGGCUACCUACCUAGUAUUGUAGUUAAUGGAGUUAGGAGCCAAUGCCUGGCCAAUGGGGGGUUGGGCAAUGGGGAAAGUGUCAAACAUACAUUGAUAUGUUAUAGGGUAGAUAGGUGUAGUAGUCCUAUAGAGAGUACAACCCCUUAGACAAAACUACCUUGUACCUCUCAUUCUAGUCAAUCUUUCUGUUCCGUAUC